AUGAAGCGUGUUUACUUAUCUGGUGCUGCGAAAAGGAAGGCAAGUAAUGAAAAAAAACUAAAAGAAGAAAAAGGAAAACGUAGUUUAAAGGAUUUAGAUUGGUUUACAUCCAGUAAAACCUUGGUUCGAAAUAAUAUAAAUGAGCAAUGUGAUAUUGAUGACCCUAAGGUAUUAGAAAAUGAAAAAGCCAUCCAUGUAGAGGAGUCCAAAAAAUCUCUAAUUGACGAUAUAGUUGAAGAUGUACAAAUUAACGUGGAUAAAACUGUAGAAAAAGUUGAUAAACAUGUUAUUGAAAAUAUAACUCAUCCAAAAGCCAUUGUUGAAACCAUUUCUAACACACAAUUUGACACCAAGUUAAUGUUUAAAUUAAGUAACGAUCCAGCAACUUGGAAAAAACUUAGUUUGUUAGAUCGCGAUUAUUUAGCUGCAAUUGGUCCACCUACUAAGCCAUCAAAGUUUCCCCACGAUGAACACGAAAAUCGCUCUUUUCCUAUUUCAAUAUUCCAAAAAACUUUACCGAAUAAAGAAAUAGUACAACGCGACUGGCUUGUAUGGAGUACACUAAAAAAAGCUUUAUUUUGCUUUCCAUGUUGUCUUUUUUUAAGAGACGAUGAAUUUGAGCAGUCGGGUUUCUGUAGAAAUGGUAUUGGAAAUAACUGGAGGAAACUUUAUGACAAAAUCGAUCACCACGAAGGGAACAAAAAACACUUGGAAAAAUAUUUAUUAUGGAAAGUCUUGGUAGAAGCAAUAAAUGGUAGAAAAGGGAUCGACAAAGACAUGCAAGUUUCUAUUAACACAGAAAAAGAAAAAUGGAGAAAAAUCCUUCGUAUUUUGGUUAAUAUCACAAUGUUUUUAGCAGAAAAUAAUUUGCCAUUUAGAGGUAAACACUCGACUAUUGAUCAUGAUGACUGUGGGCUUUUUAUUUCAACUGUUAAGUUAGUUAGUCAAUACAGCGAAACAAUGAAAAAUCAUUUAGAUAAUAUUAAGGAAUAUCAAGAUAGUCAUAAAAAAAUGUCUACUCACUAUCUAUCUCCAAGAAUUCAAAAUGAGUUUUUGGAAAUUUGUGCUAAAAAAGUUCAACAAAAAAUUAUCGAAGAAAUAAAAAAAUGUCAGUAUUAUGCAAUAAUUGUAGACGGUACUCCAGACGUGUCACACAAGGAGCAAUUGGUGUUUGUUAUUAGAUAUGUUUUUGAAAACGGUGGAACUUGGGAUAUACAAGAACGAUUUCUAACAAUGGUUGAUUAUGAAAAAAAAACAGGAACUGAUAUUGCAAACAAAAUUAAAGAAAUUUUGGACGAAUGUAAUUUAGAUUUAGCAUUGUGUAGGGGUCAAGGGUAUGAUAAUGCAUCAAACAUGUCUGGCAAAUACAAUGCCCCAAGUCGAUGGAAGAUACUUAAAGAAACUGCUCAUCUUUCACUGCAUUCAAUAUCAACCACUAGAUGGAGUGCCAGAAUUGAUGCUGUUCGUCCAUUAUCUAAAAAUUAUUCAGGUAUUCUAAGUUCACUUAUUCGUGUUAAAAAUGAAAUUAUUCUACCAGCUGACAAUUAUGCAGAAGCUAUUGGUCUAAUUGCAUGGUUACAUUCUUUUGAAUUUAUAUUGUUAACAACUAUCUGGUACAAGGUUCUUCAAUGUAUUGAUGACCGCAAUAAAGUUCUUCAGAGCAAAAAUCUUUCAAUGGAUGAAAGUUCUAUGCAUUUUCAACAAUUAGCUACAGAAAUUCAACAGAUAAAAGAUUCUUGGAAUGAUUUAUUACUGGAAUCAAAAUCAGUAGCUUCUACUUUGAAUUUAACAACAGAAUUUAAAAUAACUUCAAGAGUUCGAAGAAAAAAACAUUUUCAUGAUGAUAUUUUAGAUGAUGAACAGCCUUUCCGAGAUAUAGAAAAUAAAUUUAAAGUUGAAGUGUUCAUAACCGCAUUAGAUAGAGUUUUUUUCAGAUAUUGA